GCCAGUUCCAUGAGUAAUUGGGCUCCCUCCUCCCUCCUAUCUGGGUCCAGGGUGCAGGUGAACCAGAUUCAGGACUGUCAGGGCCCAGCAACAAAGUCUGUGUCAGUGCACUUCAUAGCUAUGGGCUGGUCAGCCAGUUGUUCUGGUCAUUCCGGUUGUUGGGUCAUAGUGGUUGCUUAGGCUUUCAUAUAUAUAUAUGAGCUCCAGCCCCACACACAGGGUCCUUCCUGGUCCUUGCCAACUUCUUUUUCCUAGAAUGGCCUUCUUAUAAAAUCAUCCAAUACCAAGGUGUCUGAUCAUAGGAAAGGAUCAAAGACCACUGACAGCCUUCCCUGACCUGUGACAGAUGCUCCAUAUUGAACAGAAAUCUGCACGGCUCAGAGAUAGUGCUCAUGUGUGCCUAGAAUUAGUAGCAAGAAGGCUGUGGUCAGUAGCAUUUCUUCUCCAUAAUGCCACUGUUUCUCUCUUUUUUCCAUCUUGGCUUUUGCUCAGUUCUGGAGCAAUAGGUGAGUUACUCAUUUUGGCAUGGCCAUUCUAUAUAAAUAUGUGUUUAAGUGGCACCUGCCACAGGUUAUGAUUGGAAUCCGCAUGGUGAAUGUGUCUCUUUAACUUCCAAGUUCCCACAUUGGGGUUAAUAUUCAGGUGUAGUGUCAAAGGUAAGACAUAAGCCCGUUGUGUGAUUUUAAAAACUAAAUUAGAUGUUAACUGGCUGUGCUCUAAUGUCAAGCCUGGAAAUGACCAGGAAGAAGUCAAAUGGGAUCCCUUUCCUACCUAAGUAUGAAAUGACGAUGCCAACCCAUCUAGAAGGGUAUCCUUGCCUAACGAUGGGACAGGCUGUCCUUAAAAAGACAGGCAAACAGAAGGCAGUGUUCCUGGUGGUGAAGGGCGUGGACAAUAGCAUGAAAUAGCUGUGUCAUGGGCUUGCUUUGUAAAUGUUGGCAAUUUGCUUACUUUUUCUAAUUUUUGUUUCCUGAUUUGUAGAUGGCAAUAGUAGUAAUAGUUUCUUCUUACAGGUUUAUUUUUAAAACGUGUCAUAUUUUUUAAAGUGUUAAGCCCAAUCCGUGCUACACAGGAAAUAGUCAUUAAAUGACAUACAUAUCAAUGCAUGCACCUAUGUAGCAUUAGUAUUGGUAUUAGUAUUGGUAUUAGUAUGUGUUGUCAGAGGAGGAGAUCUCCAUGCUGCCAGACCCUAUGUCCUGCUCUUGACUUGCUGAACCUUCCUCAGUAGAGCUGUUCUUUGACCUUCUGCCUAUGGGUCCCAGUAUUUAUUUCUUCAUCACAGGAACAUGAAUUUGGUGCCUUCCUUGCUGCUACUAUUUCUUUUACAUAGCAUUUCAGAUUUGCCUCAAAUGCACCAAGAAAAUGUUAAAAGGACCAGAAAAACCAGAGUAGCAUCUCCUGAUAAAUUUGGAAAUAUUAAACCUCCCGCUUCUGGGAGGAAAUAAUCUUGAAAUGAUAUGUUCUAAGUCUAUUCAAUAGUGUUGUUAAAUAAGGCAUCUUUUUGAAAAUCAUUAUACACAACCAGCAUUAAAGAAAAGCAUGUAAAGAAAUAACUUUUAAGAUAAAAGAAAGGAAAUCUUUUCAUUUGGAUUUUUUUUUUUGCCAAAUAUUUUCAUAGACAUUUCAGAAACUUUACUAUUGAAUGAGGGUGUUUUUGUUGUUCCUGUUCCAGUUAUGAUAAUUAUGAUUUUUAUUUCAUAGGUAAUGCAACUAUGCCAAUGAAAAAUGUUGUAUAAAUUAUGUAAAUGAGUACAGUGAAACCGGGGUUUAAAUGAAGUGUUCUGAUUUCUAAUGCCAUUUCUUUUCCUGAUAUUUUUCAGCGGGUAUUAAAGAGUACGAGUUUGUUGCUCAGAGAUAUUGUGACAGUUCAAAAUAUGCCUAAAGAGAGUAAAUCUGUGAAUUAAAAAACUAUAAAAAGGUUUCCCACUUCACAGGAGAAUGUUUUGAAUAUACUUUAAACUCCUGGCCUUCUCAUCCAAGACAGCCACCUGUCUCCACAUACACAUUCCUUCCCGGGGUUGGAUAGGAUGUGGCUCUAACAUAAGCAUCUCUUACUAACUCAAAGUUUUAUACAGACAUUGCCAUUCCUAGGAGGGCUGGGUUCUGCUUGUUAAAAACACAGCCAAAGCUCUCCUCAGCAAGCAGCUCGAUAAUUUGCUAUUGGUGUUCACACAGUAGUGUCUCAAGUUCCUUUCCAAGGUCUGGCCAGAGCCAUGAGGAAUGCCUCAGUGGUGACCGAGUUCAUCCUGCUGGGCAUCCCACACACAGAGGAUCUGGAGACCGUGCUCUUUGUCCUGUUUUUGACCUUCUACGUCUUCACUCUUGUGGGAAACCUGCUCAUCCUGCUGGCCAUUGCCUCCUCCGCUCGACUGCACACCCCCAUGUAUUUCUUCUUGUGUGAGCUGUCUGUGUGUGACAUAUUUUUCCCUUCUGUGAGCUCCCCCAAGAUGCUCUUCUACCUCUCAGGGUACAGCCGAGCCAUCUCCUAUGCCGGCUGCGUGUCCCAGCUCUUCUUUUACCAUUUCCUGGGUGGCACCGAGUGCUUCCUGUACACGGUGAUGGCCUAUGACCGUUUUGUGGCCAUCUGUCACCCUCUACGCUACCAGGUGAUCAUGAGCCCCAGGGUGUGUGCCAUCCUGGCCUCGGGGACCUCGUUUUUUGGCUGUGUUCAUGCCACCUUACUAAGCACUCUCACCUUCCAGUUACCCUACUGUGGCCCCAAUGAGGUGGACUACUUCUUCUGUGACAUCCCCGUGAUGCUGAAGCUGGCUUGUGCGGACACCGCAGCCCUGGAGAUGGUGGGGUUCAUCAGUGUGGGCCUCAUGCCCCUCAGCUGCUUUCUUCUCAUCCUCGCCUCCUACAGCCGCAUUGUCUACUCCAUCCUGCAGAUCCGCUCCGCCGAGGGCCAACGCCAUGCCUUCUCCACCUGCAGCGCCCACCUCACUGCCAUCCUACUUUUCUACAUGCCAGUGAUCUUCAUCUACUUAAGGCCAACGCCAAGCCCCUGGCUGGAUGCAACGGUUCAGGUUCUGAAUAACCUGGUCACCCCCAUGCUGAACCCCUUGAUCUACAGCCUCAGGAACAAGGAGGUAAAAUCAUCUCUGAGGAAAGUCCUGCAUCAACUGGGCUUUCUUCCUGAGCACUUGUAGUGAAAGAACAGUAGCCAACAAGUGAAGUGCACAUGCAACUUAUAAACUAUUUUUAUAUGCACCUCACAAAUAUCUUUUUAAAUGGGAGAGUCCAGAUAUUAGGAUUUGCCUCCAUUGUAUAAUAUGGGCACUAGGAUUCAAAGAGUUCAAGUGGGUUGAACGUGAAGCAUAUGUAAGGACUGAUGGCAGAAUGACUUCUACCUCUUGGCUGGCUUUCUGAGUCUGGGGCCUGUGCUUUCUCCAGGACAUCAUAUUGCUGAUGAGGUGGAAAGGAGCCUACCACAGCAGGCAGAAUAACCUGCACCUUCUGCUUCUCAAGCUUUAUUUUCUUUGUCCACCUGCACCCUUUUGUCCUCUUCUUUGUCCUCCUCACCCUGACACUCUAUCCUGGCUGCGUUAUUGUCUCCUCAAAUGCCUGAACUGAAUAAACACUCAUUGUAUUGGUCUGCAUAUUGUUGUGAAAAAAUGGAGUUGUGGAAAGAGAAUGACUUGUAGCAGGGACCUGAGGCAAGUUUCUUCUGAGUGAAGCAAAGGCACUGGUGGCCUGCUGUCACACAGAAACUCUAUGUGUUGGGUUUUGACCUGGAAGUAGGCCCUGGCUGUAUCAAGUUUAUUUACAUGUAGAGGUGCAGCAUGGCAAUGAGAAUGUGGGAAGGGCAGGUGGGGAAAUUCAUGGGAUGGUGACUGUGAUCUGAUGCCACAUUAGAAAAUCUGGACUUGGCUUUGCGUUUCUCAGUCCAACCAGGGGCCCAUUCUGGGUUCAAGCGGUCAUUAUUUGUGUCUGGUUUCCGUUUCAGUGAAAAGGUGUGACAUUGUUCCCCAUU